UGGCCGCAGGAAAGCGAUGGAUGCGGACGCUCAGGGAAUUGUCGGAGACUGCAGCGCAUCCCAGUGGACACGUCAGGAUAGCACCCGUUGCAGCACCGUCUCCCACGAGCAUCCCACGCUCAGCUUCCACGCCCACAGAGCCGCGUGAACAUGGCGUGGGUGAAGUUCCUGCGGAAGCCGGGCGGCGGCCUGGGGAAGGCCUACCAGCCGGGGAGCCUGCUGUCGCUGGCGCCCACCAAGGGCCUGCUCAACGCGCCGGGCCAGAACAGCUGCUUCCUCAACAGCGCCGUGCAGGUGCUGUGGCAGCUGGACAUAUUCCGGAAGCUGCGGGGCCUGACGGGGCACGUCUGCCAGGGCGAGGCCUGCAUCUUCUGUGCGCUGAAGACCAUGUUUGCUCAGUUUCAACACAGCCGGGAAAAGGCCCUCCCAUCGGACAACGUGCGGCGCGCCCUGGCCGAGAGCUUCCGGGACGAGCAGCGGUUCCAGCUGGGCCUCAUGGACGAUGCGGCCGAGUGCUUUGAAAACAUCUUGGAGAGGAUCCACUUCCACAUCGUGCCCAGCCGGGACGCGGACAUGUGCACCUCCAAGUGCUGCGUCGCGCACCAGAAGUUCGCCAUGACGCUGUACGAGCAGUGCGUGUGUUGUAGCUGUGGGGCCUCAUCAGACCCUCUGCCUUUCACAGAAUUCGUGCAGUACAUUUCGACGACAGCCCUGUGCAAUGAAGUUGGAAGAAUGAUGGACAGGCAUGAGCGUGUGAGGCCCGAAAUGUUUGCGGAGUUGUUGCAAGCAGUGAAUACCACGGAUGACUAUCGCAAGUGUCCUAGUAACUGUGGCCAGAAAAUAAAGAUCCGCCGCGUCCUGAUGAACUGCCCGGAGAUCGUCACCAUCGGCCUGGUCUGGGACUCCGAGCACUCGGACCUGACCAGCGACGUGGUUCGGAGCCUGGCCACGCACCUCUCUCUCCCCGGGCUUUUUUAUAGGGUUACUGAUGAAAAUGCCAAAAACAGUGAACUUCACCUCGUCGGUCUGAUCUGCUACACCAGCCGGCACUACUGUGCCUUCACAUUUCACACCAAGAGUUCCAAGUGGGUGUUUUUCGAUGACGCAAAUGUGAAAGAGGUGGGAACAAGAUGGAAGGACGUGGUCUCCAAGUGCCUCCGGUGCCACUUCCAGCCCCUGCUGCUGUUUUACGCCAACCCCGACGGCACGGCGGUUUCCACCGAAGACGCGCUCAGGCAGGUCGUCAGCUGGCCACAUCAGAGACCCGGGGUGGAAAAUAUGGGAUCUGAAAGGCCCUCGAUUUAUAAGUCAGAUAAUUCCAAAGAGAAUGGAUUUGGUGAUCAGGACAAACAGAGAGAAAAUCAGAAAUUUCAAACAGAUGACAUUUCAUCCUUCAGUCGGAGCCACAUCCCGGCGAGCGGUGGCCGAGGAGCAGCUAAGCCGGGACCCAGCGACGCCCGCGAGAAGAUGAAGGGCCUCUCCAGGGAGUGUGCCCUGAAGGCACUGGAGCAGAGGCGCCUCCUGUGCUCGCACAGGAGGGGCGUGGGUCGGCACCGAGCGAUUGAUCUCACAGACUUUCGACACUCUGCUAGCAUAAGAGAUGCGCUGGAUGAAGACCUUCCACGCGUCAAGCCCGGAUCACCGCCUGCCCCAAACGGCUUCCGACAAUACGGCAGUCGCCCCGCAUCUCCCGGUCAGGGGCGGGGGCCGUGUGGCCAGGACCCACCCACCCAGAGCCGGGCGUCUGCGCAGGCCCCGCGUGCGGGGAGGCCCCAGGCUCCUGGUCCGGGGGUGCAGGGUGACAGCGGCCCUGGGUACGAGACAGACAGCAGCCUGGACUCUCGGGGUAAAGGCAGCAGCCGCCACAGCAGGAGCAGGAGCCGAGGCUGGAAGCCCAUGAGAGAGACCCUGAAUGUCGACAGUGUCCUCAGCGAGAGUGAGAAACGGCAGCACAGUCCACGGCACAGGCCGAGCGCCAGUCACACGCCCAGAUGCAGGGACCAGAGCCCCAGCAGCUGGCCCCCAGGGCCGCCGAAGCAGAAGUGCUUGAUGACCAUCUACGAGGAUGAAGCGAGGCAGGAGCUGGGCAGCAGGCGUUCCCUCGACGGCCCGGGGAAAGGCCUCACCGAGACGGGCGUCCCUGGCGACGCCUGGCAGGGGCAGAGGACUGAGUCCGACUACGAGAGCAGCGACCACGUCAGCAGCGGUUCCGCCAGCCUGGACUCGCCGGGUGUGGACGGCGCCGGGACCGCGGAGCCCCUCAGUGACCAGAGUAAGACAAGCAACCGAAAUACAGAACGUGUGAACUGUGUCUCCCAGCAGAGUGAAAACCACCUGGAAGGUAACUUUUCAUUUAAAUAGAUUGUAAUUGUGCGCAUCAGAGUGAUGACGCUAAAGCGGUCCUGUCAGGAGAAGUGAUGAGCGAUGAUUUGGAGGUGAGCCGGAGCCCGUGCUGGGAGCCUUUGCAGGGA